UGCUGCCUCCUAGAUAUAGCCAGGCGCGGAGAGGCGCUUGCAGUCAUUGCUGAGCGGCGCUGCUCGGGAGCUGGAGUUUUCCCCAGGCUGUCUGUGUGUGUGUGUGUGUGUGUUGUCUCUCUCGCUCUCCUCCUUCGCCUGGGUCGGGUCUCUGGAAGGAAGGAAGGGGCUGAGAGGCAAAGUCGAAGCGGCCGGAGCUGGCUUUUUCCCAGCGCUCCGCACCCUCUGAACUUGGGAACUGUCCACCGGCGAAAGCUCCUGAAAAUGACCCUGCUGGCCAUCUACCUGCUGGGAUUGUUCCUCGGGAGCGGGCAAGCACUCCAAGUAUCAAUUUCUCUCAGUAAAGUAGAAGUCAGUGUUGGAGUAUCUAAGUUCUUCACAUGUACAGUAAUUGGUGAGCCUGAAAAUAUAGAUUGGUAUAAUCCACAAGGAGAGAAGAUUGUUUCUAAUCAAAGAGUGGUAGUUCAGAAGGAGGGUAUCAGAUCACGGCUAACUAUUUACAAUGCUAAUAUAGAAGAUGCUGGAAUAUACAGGUGUCAAGCAACAGAUUCAAGAGGACUAACUCAAGAAGCUACUGUUGUUUUAGAAAUUUACCAAAAGCUCACAUUUCAAGAUAUCACAUCUCCGCAAGAAUUUGUACAAGGAGAAGAUGUACAAGUCAUUUGCCGUGUUACUAGUUCACCUGCACCUAUUGUCAGCUGGUUAUAUCAAAAUGAGGAAAUCUCAAAUAUUGCUGACAAUAGGUUUGCCAUGUUGCCAAACAAUAAUCUUCAGAUUCUUAAAAUCAAUAAAAGUGACGAAGGAGUUUACAGAUGUGAAGGAAGAGUAGAAGCCAGAGGGGAAAUUGAUUUUCGGGAUAUCAUUGUACUUGUAAAUGUUCCUCCAGUAAUUACAUUGCUGCAGAAAUCCUUUAAUGCUACAGCAGAUCGAGGAGAGGCAAUUACUUUAUUAUGCAGAGCUACUGGUUCUCCUGAACCUGAAAUCAACUGGUAUAGAAAAGGAAAACAUAUUGAGGAAAAUGACAAAUAUGUAUUGAGAGGAAGCAAUACAGAACUGACAAUCAGAGAUAUUAAAAAUAUUGAUGCGGGUCCUUAUAUAUGUGAAGCAAGAAAUAAAGCUGGAAGGAUGACAAAUCAGACAUUUCUGCAAGUUUUCGUACAGCCUCAAAUAAUCCAACUUAAAAAUGAAACCACCUUUGAAAAUGGUCAAGCUACCCUCAUAUGUGAGGCAGAAGGAGAACCAGUGCCUGAAAUUACAUGGAAAAGAGCCAUUGAUGGAGUAACAUUCUCUGAAAGUGACAAGGGUAUGGAUGAUCGAAUAGAAGUCAAAGGGCAGCAUGGGAAGUCAUCUCUUUAUAUUAAGAAUGUGAAAUUGUCAGAUGCAGGAAGAUAUGACUGUGAAGCUGCAAGCAGAAUUGGCGGGCACCAGAAAAGCAUGUUCCUUGAUAUUGAAUAUGCUCCAAUCUUUGUUUCAAAUCAAACAAUAUAUUAUUCUUGGGAAGGAAAUCCUAUAAAUAUUAGCUGUGAUGUUCUAUCUAAUCCAUUGGCAUCUAUACAUUGGAGAAGAGGAAAAUUGGUUUUACCUGUAAGAAACACAACUCAUUUAAAGAUGCACAGUGCUGGAAGCAGAUUGAUUUUAGAGAUCGCUCCCACCUCUGACAAUGAUUUUGGACGAUACAACUGCACAGCCACAAACCGAAUAGGGACACGAUAUCAAGAAUAUAUCCUUGCUUUGGCUGAUGUACCAUCCAGUCCACAUGGAGUGAAGAUAAUGGAGGUAUCACAGAGUAUUGCUAAGGUCGCUUUCAAUAAACCAGAUUCACAUGGAGGGGUCCCAAUUCAUCAUUACCAAGUGGAUGUGAAAGAAGUCACUUCCGAAACAUGGAAAGUAGUCCUUUCCCAUGGAGUUCAGACAAUGGUGCUUCUCAGCAGUCUAGAACCAAAUACAACAUAUGAAAUCAAGGUUGCUGCUGUAAAUGGAAAGGGGCAAGGAGAAUAUAGCAAAAUAGAAACAUUUCAGACCCUACCAGUUCGUGAACCAAGCCCACCAUCUAUUCAUGGCCAACCAGGCAGUGGAAAAAGUUUUAAACUUAGCAUAAUAAAACAAGAUGAUGGAGGAGCACCUAUUCUGGAGUAUAUUGUAAAAUACAGAAGUAAAGAUAAGGAAGACCAAUGGCAAGAGAAAAAGGUCCAAGGCAAUAAAGACCACAUUGUCCUAGAGCAUUUGCAGUGGACAGUGGGUUAUGAAGUGCAAAUUACUGCUACAAACAGGUUGGGAUAUUCAGAACCAACUUUAUAUGAAUUCAUCAUGCCAGCAAAGCCCAAUAUCAUUACAGACACACUUUUCAAUGGACUUGGACUUGGUGCGGUCAUUGGACUGGGCGUAGCUGCUCUUUUAUUAAUCCUUGUUGUGACUGAUGUCAGCUGCUUUUUUGUGCGGCAGUGUGGUCUGCUAAUGUGCAUCACUAGAAGGAUCUGUGGAAAGAAGAGUGGCUCCAGUGGAAAGAGCAAAGAGCUGGAAGAGGGAAAGGCUGCCUACUUGAAAGAUGGAUCAAAAGAGCCUAUAGUUGAAAUGAGAAGAGAGGAUGAAAGAAUUGCCAAUCAUGAAGAUGGAAGCCCAGUAAAUGAACCCAAUGAAACAACCCCUUUGACAGAACCAGAGAAACUGCCAUUAAAGGAAGAAAAUGGAAAAGAAGUUUUAAAUUCAGAUACUAUAGAAAUCAAAAUUUCCAAUGACAUCAUCCAGUCAAAAGAAGAUGAUAGCAAAGCAUAAUACAACAAUUACAGCUGUCUUGGGGGGGGGGGGGCAUUUGGAUUAAAUAAAUUUGUGACCAAAACUUUACAUUUGACCUUAGUUUCUAGAGCAACCUAAAUGACAUAACUAAUAGAAGUAGUUCAACCUGCUUCUAUUGACUGCCCGUGUUUUAUUAUUAUUAUUAUUAUUAUUAUUAUUAUUAUUAUUAUUAUUAUUAUUAUUUUACUUCAAUAGUUUUAGUUUGUAGUCCUGGCUGACAUUAGCCCCGUUAUAUCUGUUCAGUGAUCAGCCAAUAUAAAUAUUGUAACUUAUUUUAUUGCUGAAAAGGUUUAUUUAUAAGUUAAAAUGCCCCCUUAGCCACAGACUUUACAUGAGACACAGAGACAGCUAUACCACUUGUGAUGGAAAUUAAACCCAUGAGAGAAAGUGCCAUACACAUUUAUAUUUGUUUGUAUUUGCAAUUUUAAAUGAUUUUGGUUGCCUUUAAAAGAAAAAAAUAUAUAUAAAUAUAUAUAAAUAUAAAUAUAUAUAUAUAUAAUAUAUCAGUCUCAGUUAGAAAUUAGAUAUAUUUAGCUGGCAAAGGCUAAUACUGUCCUCAGCUGCAGCUGACCUUUGACACGAGAAUAGACUGAAUUUCCUCAUGGUAAUAACCCUGCACUUCACACUGAUUCUUAAAGACAAUGAAGGGUUAAUAGGUUUGAUGUACAGAUUUUAACAAAGUUGUGAACUAUUUUGAUGAAAAUAUUGAUCACAUCCUAACUAUCCAAGUCCACAGAAAUUUAAGUGCUUCAGAUAUUUUGUAUUUAUGUUUGGAGGAUUGUGUGUAAGCUAAAAUUGUCAAAAUUUAUUUUGUGUGAAAAUCAGAAUCCUGGAAUAUAACCAUAGCACUCAGCUUCAAAGGAAAUCUUGCAACAAUAAAUACAAGCUCAAUUGA